GGACUUGGAAUCGGACGUGGGAAAUUCUUUGGUUGGGCUACCAACGCCCUUGGUUCAUGCUUUGUUAUUUAGGUCGUGGUCACUUUUUUAAUACACCGAAUUUACGGCCUUACCAAUCUCUCUUGCUCUCUUACUAUAGUUUGUUCAGACAAGGUUUAUGUAAGUCUACCUUUAGGAAAAAUGGAAAAACGGACCCAACCCAAAUGGUUCACUCCAGUUCAAAAUGCUCAGGACGGACAGUUACCUAAUCUAUACCUUUAUAACAGCCUUACGUCACGAAAGGUAAAGCUUGACUUUUUAUUCCGUAUUCCCCAGGACCUAUUUAUCCCGCAAGAUGGAAGGCAUGUUAAGUGGUACACCUGCGGUCCCACCGUGUAUGAUGUAUCACAUCUGGGCCAUGCAAGGUUCUGAUUCCGAUUCAUAUUUACUAAUGCUCUGAAGGACCUACGUCGCGUUUGACGUUAUUCGUCGUGUGUUGGUUGAUUAUUUUAAUUUUAAGGUCACUUACGUCUUAAAUAUUACUGAUAUCGAUGACAAGGUACAAAAAAUUCUAACCAGCACCUAUGUGCCUCUGCAGAUUAUUAAGCGUGCUCGACAAAAUCACUUGAUCAGUGAUUAUCAGCUCAAAGAUCCCGAUCUAGCCACAGUUGUCGGUGAUAUUGCCAAAGGAAUUCAGAAAAUUAAGUCCAAAAUUCAGUUUGAGACGGAUUCGGAUAAAAAAGCAUACCUAAACAGUGAAGUAGAUCGUCUGAUAUCUCUCCUAUCCACUGUGCCACUUGAUGAAGAGGAUCCAAUUAACUACUUGAUACUGAACGCUCGUGAUGCUAUUGCUGAUACCUUGGACUCAGCCUACGGCGCUUCCAUCAGUGACCACCAAAUAUUCGAGGUGUUAGCUAGACAUUUUGAAAAGGAAUAUCUCGUUGACAUGGAGUCUUUAAACAUCAUUCCUCCAUCAGUACUUGUUCGGGUUACAGAGUAUAUAGAUGCAAUAAUAAAAUAUGUGAAACAAAUUAUAGAUAAUGGCUUUGCAUAUGUUGCUCCAUCUGGAUCGGUGUAUUUUGAUACAAAUCGAUUUGCAAGUUCUCCUAUGCAUUUUUAUGCUAAGCUUGUGCCAACUGCAUAUGGGGAUACUAAUCAACUGGAAUCUGGAGAAGGUGAACUGUGUAUAACAGGAGAGAAAAAGUCACCGAAUGAUUUCGCUCUAUGGAAAGCAUCCAAACCUGGAGAACCUUUUUGGUCUAGUCCUUGGGGUAAAGGCAGACCUGGAUGGCACAUAGAAUGUUCAGUUAUGGCUAGCGAUAUUCUUGGGGAUACUCUUGAUAUACAUAGUGGUGGGGUCGAUCUGAAAUUCCCACACCAUGAUAAUGAACUGGCACAGUCUGAAGCCUACUUUGGACAUUCCCACUGGGUUAAUUAUUUCCUUCAUUCUGGUCAUUUAACUAUAUCUGGUUGUAAAAUGUCAAAAUCUUUAAAAAAUUUCAUAACUAUUCGUGAUGCUCUUAAAACUCAUUCAUCUCGACAAAUUCGUUUGAUAUUUCUUUUACAUUCCUGGCGUGAUACUAUGGAUUAUAGUGUUGAUACAUUAGCAGAAGCUGUUGGUUUUGAGAAACAGUUAAUUGAUUUUUUGUACACCUGUUCAAAUAUUCAGUUUCUGGCGAAGCAAUCUUUGUCGAAUAAACACGAUUUGGAAGAAACUGAAAACGAUGACUUUCAACAGACUCUUGUGGAUAUACAACAUAAAGUAUAUGAUGCAUUAUGUGAUUCUUGUGAUACUCGAUCAGUUCUGGAUUGUAUUAAAGUUUUAAUGUCUGAAGCUGACUCAAGAAUAUUCAGUCGUAUUGAACCAAACAAGUGUAUUUCCAAACUGGCUGAUGAUGCUUUCGCUACAGGUCGUUUUAUUCUUCAAUUGCUGCGUAUUUUUGGAGUUGCUGAUCACACUGCUGUUGCUGCUGGUUCUCCGGUACCAUCUGGAGCUAUCAUAGCCGGUGGUAAAGUUCCAGAACAUCAUGAAAGCAUUCCUUUAAGAGAAGCUGAUGAAAGUGCAUUUGGUUUUCGUAGUUGGCUUUCUCUCGAUACGCCAACUGAAGAACGUCUUAUAUCCAGUGUACAUAAAUCGUUGGAAGCUUGUUCCAUUUUUAUUCAAGCUAUUAUUCAUGAAGGUGACACAUUUAAGGAGAUUGUGAAUACUUUCGCCUAUGAAGUGCAGAAACAGUAUGGAAUUGAUUUAUUCAAUGUGCAAUCAGAUGAAAGGCAAUCUUUGGAAUGCAUUUUGAAAACCACCAAUCAAGCUAGUCUUUCUGAAUCGUCGUGUAUACCACAUGGAUUAGAAAUUAAUGUUUGGCCAGUUGUUCUUAAUUUUCUUCAUACACUUAUUUCUAUAAGAAAUACAGUAAGAAAGGUUCUAUCCUCAGGCUCCAUAACUGAUUCUUUAUGCAAGAAACGGUUAUACGAAGCAUGUGAUCGUUUUCGUGAUAUUGAUCUUGUCAAUGCUGGAAUUCGGCUUCAGGAUCGAGCUACAGCAAUUGAUCUUAGUCGUGGUUUAGAUAUUUCACCUUUUAUUGGAUUGGUUGAUAAGAAAUUUUUGAUAAGCGGGCAUUCAGAAAGUAAAACAAAGCGUGUUGAAACAAAAGUUAUAAAAGAAAGUGUUAAGGAAGAGACUGGACGUAUACCACCUUCGGAGCUUUUCCUAUCUGAAGUUGAUAAAUAUUCAAAAUUCGAUUCUAAGGGUAUACCUACACAUGAUGCAUCAGGAAAUGAAUUAUCUAAAAGUGCUUUGAAAAAAUUACAGAAAUUAUAUAUUGCACAAGAGAAACGUUAUGCAGCAUUUUUAAAAAGUAAAGAAUAAUGUAACCGUUUAAAACAAGUAAAACUUAGUCACUUUUUGUACUAACCGUGUUUGGUGUGUUGCUCCGCUUCUCCCUGUUCUCACUUCAUUCUUCGAAAAUAUAUUGUUCCAUCUUCAUUGAAUGUGUAUAUUCAGUUGUGGAUGAUGUUUGUUUUCGAUAUAUUUGAGGAUUUCAAUGUAGUUUUCAUUUUGAUUUUUUUUUAUCUUUGAGAUGGAUAUUUUGUAUGUUGUUUUUUAGUUAACAGUUUUUAAAAAUAAAACCAAUUUAGGGGAUUCUGUUUACACUUUAUGUAUCUACAUUACAAUCAAGAUGCUAUUCGUUGGUAUAUAUUGGUGCUUUGAUAUAUUAUUAGUUUCCAUAUAAAUGUCAUUGUUCAAAGUA